GCGACGCUGCGCCCGCGAUAUGAACCAGCAGGUGGAGGACGAGGCAUGCGCAGUAGCCUCGGCAGCAGCAUCAGGACCAGAAAAAUCCCCAGGAGUCUACGAUGCGAGAGGAUGGUGCGUGUAAACACGCCGAGGGGAAUGAUCGCUGCUCUGUCAAACUGCCGUCGCUGCUGAUUUACGCUGAGCCGAAGUUCUGAAGCCGUUGGGUCCGACUAAACGCUGGGGAGGGACAUUUUACAGCCAGAUCAAAGCGGAGCAGAGAUGCGAUAACAACCCUCGGUUGAAUCUCAUGACGACGACUUCAACUCGUGCGACAGACACGCAGCGGAGCCUUCUCAUGUCAUCCAUAUGACGAGCUUCCCUUUGUGAUGGUCGCCGCUUCCUAGUGGGAUGCACAUCAGUGUUUGGCCGUACUCGCUCUCCGUCGUAAUGGCAGCGCUGUACCAGGGCACGGACGCGUCCUCUCCGGACAAAUUUCUGGCCUUGAAAGACGUGCGGGAGGUGAAGGAGGAGACGACGCUGGACGAGAAGCUCUUCCUGCUGGCGUGCGAGAAAGGGGACUACUACAUGGUGAAGAAGCUGCUGGAGGAGAACCGCCACGGGGAGCUCAACGUCAACUGCGUGGACGUGCUGGGCCGCGACGCCGUCACCAUCUCCAUCGAGAACGAGAACCUGGACAUCCUGCAGCUGCUCCUGGAGCACGGCUGCCAGGCCACGGAUGCCUUGCUGGUGGCCAUAGACUCCGAGGUGGUGGGAGCUGUGGACAUUCUCCUCAACCACAGGCCCAGGCGAUCCUCUAAGCCCUCCAUCGCCAAACUGAUGCAGCGCAUCCAGAACCCGGAGUACUCCACCACCAUGGACGUGGCUCCCGUCAUCCUGGCAGCCCACAGGAACAACUACGAGAUCCUGACCAUGCUGCUGAAGCAGGACAUCUCCCUGCCCCGGCCUCACGCCGUCGGCUGCGAGUGCACGCUCUGCAACGCCAAGAACAAAAAGGACAGCUUGCGACACUCCAGGUUCCGCCUGGACAUCUACCGGUGCCUUGCUAGCCCCUCUCUGAUCAUGCUGACUGAGGAGGACCCCAUACUCAGGGCCUUCGAGCUGAGCGCGGACCUCAAGGAGCUCAGUCUGGUCGAGGUGGAGUUCAGAAAUGACUACGAGGAGCUGGCGAAGCAGUGCAAGAUGUUCGCCAAGGACCUGCUGGCUCAGGCGCGGAACUCCCGGGAGCUCGAGGUCAUUCUCAACCACACGUCCAGCGAGGACCAGGUGGACAAGAGGGGCCUGCUGGAGGAGCGCAUGAACCUCAGCCGGCUCAAGCUGGCCAUCAAGUACAACCAAAAGGAGUUUGUGGCCCAGUCCAACUGUCAGCAGUUCCUCAACACGGUGUGGUUCGGCGAAACGGCCAGCUACCGCCGCAAGCACACGUGCCUGAAGAUCGCCACGGUGCUGAGCGUGGCCAUGCUCUGGCCGCUGCUGUCCGUGUGCUACCUGCUGGGGCCGCGCUCCCGCGUGGGCCAGAUCAUCCACACGCCCUUCGUGAAGUUCAUCAUCCACAGCGCGUCCUACUUCACCUUCCUGCUGCUGCUCAACCUCUACUCGCUGGUGUACAACGAGGACAAGAAGAACACCAUGGGCCCCGCGCUGGAGAUGAUCGACUACCUGCUCAUCCUCUGGAUUAUAGGUAUGGUGUGGUCGGACGUGAAGCGCUUGUGGUACGACGGGCUGGAGGACUUCCUGGACGAGUCGAGGAACCAGCUGAGCUUCGUGAUGAACUCGCUGUACUUGGCCACAUUCGCCCUCAAGAUCGUCGCCCACAGCAAGUUCAAGAACAUGGCGGACACGGAGAGGAGGAAGUGGGACGCCUUCCACCCCAUCCUGGUGGCCGAGGGCCUGUUCGCCUUCGCCAACGUCCUCAGCUACCUGCGCCUCUUCUUCAUGUACACCACCAGCUCCAUCCUGGGGCCGCUGCAGAUCUCCAUGGGCCAGAUGCUGCAGGAGUUCGGAAAGUUCCUGGGCCUCUUCCUGCUGGUGUUAUUCUCCUUCACCAUCGGACUCACGCAGCUCUACGGGAAGGACCAGCGGGACAAGGACAAGCAUCCGCCCAAGGACUGCGAGGGCAUCUUCUGCCAGCAGCAGAGCAACGACGCAUUUCACACGUUUAUGGGGACCUGCUACGCCCUGUUCUGGUACAUCUUCUCUCUGGCCCACGUCGCCCUCUUCGUCACCCGCAUCAGCUACACAGAGGAGCUGCGCUCCUUCGUGGGGGCCAUGAUCAUCGGCACCUACAACAUCGUGGUGGUCAUCGUCCUGACCAAGCUGCUGGUGGCCAUGCUCCACAAGAGCUUCAGACAAAUUGCUAAUCACGAGGACAAAGAGUGGAAGUUUGCACGGGCCAAACUGUGGCUGAGCUACUUCGAUGACAAGUGCACGCUUCCGCCACCGCUCAACAUCCUCCCCUCCCCGAAGACGGUGUGCUACCUGGUGACCAGCAUGAGGAAGUGGAUCUGCUCCCACACGUCGAAGGGGAAGGUGAAGCGCCAGAACAGCCUCAAGGAGUGGAAGAACCUGAAGCAGAAGCGGGACGAGAACUACCAGAAGAUAAUGUGCUGCCUGGUGCAUCGCUACCUGACGUCCACGCGGCAAAAGAUGCAGAGCACGGACCAGGCCACGGUGGAGAACCUCAACGACCUGCGCCAAGACCUGUCCAAGUUCCGCAACGAGAUGAGGGACCUGCUGGGCUUCCGGACCUCCAAAUACGCCAUGUUUUACCCAAGGAGUUAAACAGAGACUAGAUGCAGCUCCCUCCUCGCCGACCUUUGACUAAACCUUUGCUUCUUGUUUAUCUGGGAUUCCGUGUGACCCGAGCAUGUGCAAACACUCUACAGGCAACUUUUAAACCUGGAACCUAACUAGACAAAUAUAUAUUCACCAAAGCCUCAAGACUCAGGCCCCUUCAGUAUUAUACCGCUAUUACAUCUUUUGUAAAUAAAGAAAGCCAUCGUUUUCAACAGAAAGACAAAUAAAGAUCUAUGGAAAAACCCA